GUCUGAUUAAUGCACUCUGGAUCAUCAUUUUUCAGCUGACCCUGUCCUCCUCCUUCCCGUCAUUCUCUCUUUUACAGCGUUAGGCAUUUCUGAUGGCACCUACGGCUAUCUACGCUCCUUCUCCCACCCAAAUCACAUCAGAAGUCAAGAAAUCAUCAAUCAAUGGACCAUUACCUCAUGAAAUCGUCCAAGGGCCUGCCCUUGCGAUAGGUUCAUUGGACACUGCUCAGGACGGAAAGUAUCAAUCACUUCUUUUACGCCUCGAUGCACAGGAAGGACGGGCCGCCGAAAGGCAGAUGCUUGAUCGACUCAUUGAUGGAGCGAUCUUGUUGGCUCCAUCAAGCUAUGCUUCCAUCCAUGUCGUGCUCUCCCCAUCAGAAUACACUUCAUUAUCACCAAAUUUACCAUCUCUCCUUCAGCAGACCCUCACCGGUCUGACACCCCUGGGAACUCUUCACCUUCUUAAUUUAACCGCGGGGUUCCUGAGUCUUCCUCAUGAGUUGACUCUAGCUGGAUUCAAGAUCAUUGAGAGUGUGAGAGAUGAUUUUGAUGCCAGAAUAGUUGCCCAGAAGCCUUUACCAAUCGUAACGCCUCUACCUUCUGCGCUUCCUCUCCGGAGGAAGACUGACCCUGCCAAGCAGUCUUCCAAGAAGGCUCUUUGGGCACUCUCAUCACCAUCCACUCCCACAAUCGAUGCCGAAACUCUCCUAACGGCGGCAGAUCGUGCGCGCCCAAUCCCCACGUGCGAUCCUGUCAUGGCAGGUGCCCCAAGGCGGAAGAAGGCAUGCAAGAAUUGUUCAUGUGGUCUUGCUGAGCUGGAAGCCGAGGAGGCCAAGUCAGGUAAAGUAGUUCUGCUCGACAACGACAGCACUGUGGAAGUGGGAGCUGGUGACGUAGCAAAGAGUUUGAUCGCUGCCGCUAAAGCUGCACCCAAGGCAACUAGCAGUUGUGGGAGCUGCUUCUUAGGAGAUGCAUUCCGGUGUGCCAGCUGUCCGUAUCUUGGUCUGCCUGCAUUCAAUCCGGGUGAGAAAGUGGAGAUUGACCUCGGGAUGGAUGACAUCUGAGCACUACUGUUACAAUUUGAUCAUUCGCCAUACCACCAAGUAUGUAAACGCCGUAUGAUACUAUUUAUAUUGUACUAUAUUGCUUACAAAACAUUAGAAGCCAUAUCUAUUCACCGGCAUGAUGGUGUAGAAAUCACGAAUAUCUAUGUCGGGCCACCCUUCGCUCGAGGGAACUGAGAAGUUCACGUAUGCCAUCAUCUCGCGGUG